UAGUUUGGUAGUUCUGUAAAAGAAAAUUGACAAGAACAAAUUCAAAAUAAAAAUAUUGUUGAUGUAUAAAUUAAUAAUUAAUUAGACCAAUAUCCAAUAUUCACUCAAAAUGAGUGAAUUCGCUUUGCAGCACCUCGUUUCAGAACUGGUGGAAAUAUUAGGUGGUAAACACCCCCCAGAUAAAGUUUUGGAAAUCCUCCAAAAAAGUAUCAGUAAAAACACUGAGAACGCUUAUACUUCCUCUCAGAUUGCUGUCCAAACUCAAGUUCAACAAAUCGUAGAAAACUUGGAAGAUCCACAGUUGUUUCUUUCUAUGUUUGAGGAUUUAAAACAGAAGAAUGUGGAUAAUUUAGGCCCAUUUGUCAAUUUGAUACAUCUCUUCUUACAAGAUCCCAAGCUCAAGGUUUUUCUACAUAAAAAAAGUAGUAGCAAACAAGAAUCUUGUUCGAAUGUUAAGGCUACUAUAACUAAAGAUGAUUUACCGCAGGUUCGAUCGAGACUCAAGAACGCAAUCACUAAAUCUUCCAAAUUUGAGGGACAAUCUCAAAAUCCAUCUUCAAUUUCUGGAUUGAAUACGUCCACUUUGCCUGUUGCUAGCACCCCAACUGUUGUAUCGUGGGUGCAAAGGAGGCCUAAUAUGUCGUGGGACUUUUCUUGCACCAAUUUGGGAUCUUAUAAUGCUACCGUGCCUGUAAUUUCACAAGAGAACAUUUUAAUUGAUGACCUUUUGAAUAUAAUGAUAGGUCUCCCUGGGUGUUAUAUUGAACCAGAAGAACUCAAAGAUCCUUAUGGUCCUAGAACCUUCAAAAUUAAUGAUAAUGUGCCAUUACAUCUGAAAGAGUUGGUAAAGCAAAUUCUUCCAAUUGCUAGUCAUUAUUCCAUUAUUCAGAGAUUCAUAGAAGAGAAAAUGAGGUUUGAAUUUGGUCAAGUGAACAAUGCUUUGGCAGAGAAAAUGGCAGCGAUCAUUAAGGAACAUACGUUAUUCGUCGUUCAACUUGAAAGUGAAUAUAGGGCUGAAAAUUUGGAUCUGCAAAAGUUGUGGUUCUUCGUCCAGAGGAAUAUGCAAACUCUUGCCGUAACAGCCAAUAUUGCCUCAACGAUAAGCAAGUCUGAUGCAGUGGGUGGUAAAGUCCUCAGUUUGUUACAUGAUCGUAUAACAAGCUUCAUAGGCGAUGAUAAAACGCAAAACUUAUGUGUUUGUCUCAUGGAGGCAGCUUGUGUUCCGUACAUGAAAAUGUUGAGUAUGUGGAUUUAUCAUGGAAUCAUCACUGACCCUAUCAAAGAGUUUCUGAUUGAAGAUAAUGAAGUUGUUCAAAAAGAAGAAAUGCCGUUGGAUUACUCGUCGGAUUACUGGGAUAAAAAAUACGCCAUACGAAGAGAAAGGAUACCUAAAUUCCUCGAACCAAUGGCGGAUAAAAUUCUCAAAGCCGGGAAAUAUCUCAACGUCAUCAGGCAGUGCGGUAAACCGCAUAAAACGAAAAUCAUCAAAAUCCAAUACAAAAUCGAGGAAAAACAUUAUAUCGAAGCGAUUGAAAAAGCUUAUGUGUCCGCUAGUCAAACACUGUUAGACCUCGUUAUCAAAGAAAAAGAUCUGAUCGGAAGACUGAAAUCGGUUAAAAAUUAUUUCCUCUUGGAAAAAGGAGACUUUAUAAUAACUUUCUUGAAUUUAACCGAAAAGGAAAUGAGCAAAACUAUGGGAAAUGUCAUCCAGGGAAGAUUGGAAGCGCUGAUGGAUCUGUCUUUGAGGUUAUCCAGCGCCAUAAACGACCCUUACAAAGACGACCUCCAAACGGAUCUCUUACAGCACGGAUUACAAUUUCAAAUGUUCAAAAUUCUGAGUAUACAGACUUCGGCGGAACAAGAAUAUAGGUCCAUUCAAGAACAAAAGAAUCUUCUGGUCAUAGAAACGUUCGCUUUCAGCUAUAAAGUCCACUGGCCCUUAUCGCUGAUCCUGAACAAGAAAUCUCUCAUGUGCUAUCAGAUGAUUUUCCGGCACCUGUUCUACUGCAAGCAUGUCGAUCGUAUGAUAUGUCAGGUAUGGAGGGCCAAUAAGGUGGCCAAGAAGUUUCCCUUCGAAGAUGCGCAGCAAUACAGGGCGGCCUUUGCUCUGAGGCAAAAAAUGUUGCAUUGCGUUCAGAAUUUGGAGUAUCACAUGAUGGUGGAGGUUAUCGAGCCACAUUGGUGUUCUUUCAUGCAGAAGAUUGCCAAGGUGAAUAACGUGGAUGAAAUUUUGUUUUGCCACUCGGACUUUCUCGAUAGCUGUCUGAAGGAUUGCAUGCUGACCAUUCCGCAUAUUUUGGCGACCAUCAUUAAGAUUUUGUCGAUUUGUGUCGAAUUCUGCAAAUUUAUCCAGAGGACACAACGCUACUUUGUGGAAGCCGAACUGGGAUCAUUGCCAAACUCAAUGUUCGAAUCCUACACUGCACAGACAGACUUGGUAUUUCAUCAUCCUAGUCAGAUAGCGAGCGGACAGUCCGCACCGAGUUUCAAAGAGAAGAUAUCUGAGUUUGAUGCUGAAUUCACCUCUGCCCUGCUGAGUCUGCUGGAUCAAAUCAAUGAACUGAACAAGGACACGAGGGAACACGACAGACUCUUCAAUUUGUUGUACAGGAUGGAUUUCAACGCUUAUUAUUCCAGUCAUCGUAUAGUGAAUGGUUUUAGUCAUAUCAAGGAGUCUUCAGGAUGAAAAUUCAGUGAUGUCACUUCCAUAAUACGAUAAUUUAUUGAUGAGAUCUGAGUUGAUCCUAAAUGUAUUGUAUUAAGUCGUUUUUUAUUAAAUCGUUUGGAAUAAU